UGACAGCUCUAACCUACUGCCACGAGCACCAGUGUAGCAAAAUGUCGUACAUGCAAACAACCGUGAUCUCGCACGCAAGGCGAGUCAGGCGUUUGUAUAAAGAAGGAUGUCGGGUUUUACAAUCGCAUUUCGGCACACAGAGACAUGUUUUCCGCUACAACGCGGUGCUGCUGAGGGCGAGAUUUGACGAGAACCUGAACGAGACAGACAUGCGCAAAGUGAAGAAGUUGCUGUUGGACGGAGAGCGUGAACUUUUCCUCAAGACUCACCCACAGCCACUCAAAUUUCCCAACUCUCCAGGUGGUGUAGCCUAUGCCAGAGAGCCUCAUGUACCUGACUGGCUAUUAGACACAUGGACACCGCUCGAGAAGGCGCAGUAUCCUGAGUAUUUCGCUCGGCGAGAGAUUCGCAAGACAGAGUUCAUAGAGAGGUGGGAGAAGAAGUAUGGGAAGGUCGACCCCGAGGAAUCCCACUGACGACAGUGUGAAAACGUUUACCUGGCGAAACGCUGACGACCGUGAAAAAACAUUUACUUGGCGUCACGCUCGCCACCUCGCGGAUGUGGUGUUUUGUGGACAUGGUUUCAUGAUUUGGUGGGUGGCCAGUGGAUUUAAACUACUGUCUACCAGUCAGCUAUCAACAGGGGCCGUUCAACAAUUAUAUGUUGUCUUGAACAGUGGGUCAAGCAGUUACCUCAGAAUGAGUUACAAAAUGUUGUGGGAAGGGGUGUUUGUUUAGAGUUGAAUAACAUUUUCUAUUUUUUACUUAUAAAGGAAAAUGCUACCCGUCAUUGCAGGUUUGUAGAAAGUAGGGGAGAAGCCGAUAUUGACGAAUGCUAUACAGUUAUAGUGGAGUGCCAUAGCAUUAAAAAAUGUUACUUGAGGUUGAAGAGGUAUAAAAAUCAUUCCUAGUUUUGCAAUAUGUAGUUGUUGAACGGACCUGUAAUACAAACACUGGGUGAACUAAUAUUGCUGUUAUAGCUUUGUACAAUUUAACAAGGGGUUUUCACAUUUUGAUGAUACUUGCAUUUUAAUAGGUGGCCCACAAAACAUGAUAUACAUGUACUUUAGGAUAAUUGUUAUUUUAGUGCUAGCAAAUUAGACAUCUGCAAUUUUCAGAUAAUUGCAUUUUCAUCGUAAGCCAUAAAACAGAAGCUUUAAGAUAACUGUUUUUAGGUUAAUCAGGGCCGUAGCUAGAAGGGGGUGGGAGCAACGGGGGCAGUUGCGCCCCCCCCCCCCCCCCCCCCCCCCCCCCCCCCAUAACAAAAUUACUGGUUAUUGAUAUUGAUGUUUUAAGUAUGUAACUUCCCAGAAAUGGCUGCAAAAUAGUACUUCAGAGCCUCCUGAAUUCCGGACCCGCUAGUAUUUUGUGCCUUCCAUGCUUUUUCAUUCCAAAAAUAUAUCUGCUCCCCACACAAAAAAAUCCUAGCUGCAGCCCUGAUUAAAUAACAACAGAUUUAAGAUUAUUGUAUUUUAAUGGGAACCCAUUAAGCAUCAGUGAGUUUUAGAUAAUUGUAUUUAAUGGUAGCCCAUUAACCAUAAAGCUGUUUAAAAUAACUAUACCUGAUUGGCUGGUAAAAUAAAAAAAAUGCAGGAUACUUAUAAACAGUCUAGGACAACCCACAAUACAAACAUUGGGUAAGGCUUUACUGCUAUGAUGGCAACAGUAAGUUAAUCUUUGUCCAGUAAUUGAGAAAAUGGUGGAUUUAAUGCAUGGAAAACUUAUACAAACAUUGGGUACGGCUUUACUGCUAUGAUGGCAACAGUAAGUUGACCUUUGUCAAGUAAUUGAGAAAAUGGUGGAUUUAAGGCAUGGAAAACUUGUCUGUUUUGGAUGACCAUUGUACGAACACUGGCAACUCAUCAUGCUGGUGUAUUCGGUGUUGUUUCGUAAAACUCUGAUUUUAGUUGUAGUCCUGUGACUUGAACAGUAAACAGCUCUGUAUUGUCUGAUCCACAGUGCCAACACCAAGUUGACAAAAACUGCCGUCAUAGUUUUCUAUCACUCUGUUUCUUGGUCUAAAGGUUUAGGAAAUGUUCCUUCUUACUAGCUACUCUGAUGAAUCUUAUUUCCAUUGAGCUACAAUACAUAUAAUCAAUACCCAGGCACGGUGGAGUAAUAAUUCUGAAUUGAAAAUAUUAUUGGUAGUAAAUCAUUGUAGAAUGCAGGAAAUUGCAUUUCAGGACAUCUAGUUUUAAAAAUUUGACGGGGAAGCAUACUCCCCGAACCCCACUAUAAACAUUUCUUUGCGCCCUCGAUCUCAGUCAGCGCCACCCCCCUCUUCAUGUCUACUUGCUUCCACCGUGCCCAAUACCUACAGGUUUUCAUUAAUGCCCAUUUGUCAGCUACAUAAAAUCCACAAUGGGAUCACUGGAUCAACUUUAGAUAUAGAAGAAAGAUUCUCUCGUCAUGUUUUACCAGCCAUGAUCUCUGGUAUGCUGAAUGUGUGCAGACAUCAUAUUUAUAGAUUUGUACAUAAACCAACUGUUACUAGUGAGCAAAUAAACAUUUUCUCAUUACUA